GUCUCCUAAAAAAUACACAAACCACGUUCCUCUGCUGUUUCGUGUGUUUAUUCUGCAAAUUAACGUGACGGCAACGAGGGCAGUUCGUUAAGAUAACCUUUGUUUCAAUAUAGCCUGGUUGUGCUUAAUUCGUCACGUCGGUGACUAAACUGAGCUCGCUAGGUAAGCCGACUAGCUAAUGUUGUUUUACCGGUAGUCACAUGGAUUGACUUGAACUUCUGCCGACUUUGUAUCCAGCUAAAGACUUCAGCAAGAAACACGUUUUAUUGGAAAAUGAGUGGAGCUGAAUUUGAGACAGAAAAAUCUGGCUGGACCAUUGAAAACCUGCAGAAGCUUUUGGCUGCAAUCGAAAUCAACACUCCUAAACGUUACAGAACGUGCGCUUAUACUAAAGGACUGAAAACUGUGGACUGGAAUAAGGUGGCUUUCCCUCCUUUCUCUCCUGAAGCUUGCCAACAAAAGUGGGGAGAGAUUUUGCACAAGAUGCGCAAGUUUCGGUCCAUCACAGAGCUCAUUGUUGAAGCUCAAGAUGUCUUUUCAAAUCCUGCAUUGAUCAGUAAGCUCCAUCCAGAUUUCCCAAAGAGACCCAUUCCUUUGAAUGCCAAGUUUUAUGAAGAUAACUGUGCUAAGUUUCAAGAGCAGCACCCAGAGAUGAGCCACAAAAAGGUAGUGGAGGUCCUGUACAAGAAGUACAAUGUACUCCCGAGCAAAGAGAAGGCUCAAUAUGUGAAGAAACACCUGCUUGCAAUGAAAGAAUAUAAGGCAAGGGUGCUGGAAUUCAGGAAACAAUACAAAUGUCCAAAUGAUACGGACGCAGACACCCCAGAUACUUUCGAUAAGAAGGAGAAUGGCAUCGAAAGACCUAAAGGCCAUAAAGAGCGCAAGGGUGAAAAGCAUACUGAAGGUGCAGAGGGUCUGCCUGCCAAGCCUCCUAUAAAUGGCUAUAAUAUAUUCUGCAAAGAGCAAAUAGCGUCCAUGUCGGGUAUCGCCAAAAAAGACUAUGUGAGUGUUUGGGCCAAACGCUGGCGAGAUUUGACUGAGAAACAGAGGGAGGAGUACAGUGUACGCUGCGGAACGUUGAAAAGAAAGUACACGACUGAGCUGAAUGAAUAUCUAAAGACUUUGGAUAAGGAGAGCAGCAGCAGAUCCUGA